AAUAACAAAAAUUGGAUUGCAAAAAAAUAAAACAAAAUAAGAGAUUUAUCACAGAAAAAAUGCGUGAAAACGCAUUAAAAUGUCGUCUGUGUCUCAAAACGGACAAUUUCAACUCGAAUAUAGAUCGAAAGUUAUCUGAAGCAAUCAAAAUAUUAUUUGAAAUUGAUCUCGAAGAAUCUCAUGUUCCUUCCAUUAUUUGCUUGAAAUGCACGAAAAUCGUCUCCGACUUUUACGAAUAUUACUGUGAUGUGAAGUCUAACCAAAAUAAGUUUUUAAAAAUAUACGAGACUGAAGAAAUUACCAUUAAAAAGGAAGACUCCAGCGAUAUUUCUGACACAGAAAUUCAAUUUGAAGAUGAAAACUUUGACAGUGAAAGCCGUGACGAUUCAACCAAACCGAUUGUCGAGCCGAAAAUCGAGAUUCGUGAAGUAACAAGUCAAAUUGACGAUUGUAAGAAACUACUUCAAUACAGUUGUGAUAUUUGUGGUAAUGAGUUCCGUACUUAUACUUACUUGAAGCGGCAUAUCCAUCUGAAACAUUUGCGGAAGUACGACGUUGGUUGUAAAAUUUGUGGAAAAGGUCUUUACGACACAACUUCGCUUAAACGUCACAUUGACUCUGUGCACAAAAACAUCAAACAACCUCCUCGUCGAACGCAAUGUCCUCAUUGUGGCGUCACAAUUGCUAAUCUCUCGAGUCAUUUGAAGUUCAAACAUCCAUUACUUCGCGGUUUAAAAGGCAGAAGUGAAAAUGAUGUAAAAACUUUACCCGCAACGCCUGAAAUUUACAUUUGUGAUCUUUGUUCGAGUACAUUUGUGCGGAAACUUUAUUUGCGUAAACACUUGUUGCAAAAACAUUUGAACAUCUUUGAGGAUAAGUGCCCGCAAUGUCAAAAAGGCUUUUAUGACAAGACUGCUGUGAAGCGACACAUUAAGGAGCAUCACAUGAGCGUUCGCCCGCCUCCCAAACGAUCGAUUUGCAUAAAAUGUGGAAAAUAUGUGACGGCAAUUCAGUUGCAUAUGAGACGAGUUCAUAAUGCGAACAAGCCAGAGACAAAACCGAAAAGAAUUUUGCCCAAAGUAGAGUGUCCCAUAUGUAAAAAGAUGAUCAGUAGUCGACAAGAUAACAUUAAUGAACAUAACAGAAGAGUGCAUGGAGCGAACAUUCCAAAGAAAGUUAAACAGAAAAAGGGAAUUGGCAAUUUGAAUUAAGAUAUUUCAAUAAAAUAAAAUUUCAUUGAAUAAAAAGCAUUUGAGGAAAUAUUGAAUUAGCAAAAAGUAACUUUUAACGGCUUUAUUGUAAUUUUCUUUAUCAAAAAAAUCAUUUUUCAUCAAAAUAAGAAGGAAUAUUAAGUUUUUGA